AUGGCGCCCGUUUCAACUGCCGGAGAGGCAGUGGCGAGAGUCGCCUAUCUCACUAGCGACGUUGUGGUGUCUGUCAAGCCAUCCCUGCAGACAGAUUCAUGGUUUAGCAAGCCACUAAAGGCUCUCAAGCAAGAAAAGGCGCGCAGUAUCCUGCCUAAGGGCGUACCUGACGUGAUCUCAGUACGAUACAAUGAAGAUCCUCUCCUCUCUGCUUUCCACCCUUUGCAGACUGGAGAUGCAGUUUCUGUUGUCUCUAGCUCCUCUGUUCUCCUCUCUUCUAUCCCUCACCUCUACCGCUUAGCGAACUUCCCCAUUGUCAUCCAUGUCGCCGUGGAGCCUUCUCCAUUCCCAGAUUACUCGGUGAUCAGCUCAAUACGGCAAUGUGGCUUCACAUUUCUGCACUCUGAGACCGUUCAAGAGGCACAAGAUAUCUCUAUCACUGCUCAUGCUUUGGCACGCAAGUCCGGAAAAGGUGUCAUCCAUUUCUUUGACCCUGCCAAUUCUGCUCUCGACGAACCCAUCGCAGAAGAGGAUGUGAAUGUGAUCCAGAGUGUUCUGAACUUGGGAGGACAUCAUGCUACUCACUCCACCGGGCUCGGUGCCCAAACAUUGUACACUGAUUCUGGACGUGUGGCCACCGUAACCGAUGAAGUUGUCGAGAACACUAAGACCCCCGAGGGUGCUGCUACCCCUGCACAGCCAUCUCAGACACCUUCGAGUGUCAGUGUUGACAACUCGUCUGUUGGCUCCUCAAGAAGAGAUAGUAGCGUUGAUAGCCGUGCUACUAGCUCCGCUGCAACAACCGUGGAUGCUUCUUCUAUUAGGCCAGUCAGUGCCGCAGACAUCUUCGAAUGGACUUCUCAGAUCUGGCGCACCUUGUCGGGAUUGGUGGGUCGUAACUACAGGGCAGUCGAGUACACUGGUCCUUCGGAUGCCAAAUCCGCUCUCUUUAUCUUUGGCUCUACCGGCGUGUUUGUAGAUGCUCUGUCCAAGGAAGACACUGCCAGCGAGCUGAAGAACAUCGGACUUAUCACUGCGCGGUUGUACCGACCCUGGGUGGGCGGCCAGAUUGUGAACUCCAUUCCAGCCUCUGUUGAAAAGAUCGCCGUUCUUGAACAAGUCCGCAAGACUACAAAAUGGGGUCCUUCGUUCAUGGAUCUGUUAUCAAGCUUGACCCCUACCACUGCUGGCGGACGUGCAUUACAAAUUGUCGGUUACAGACUCGGGUACGUUGAGCCAUCUACUGCCAUUCAGGCACUCCGCGGCAUUGUCCAGAACUUGGACGCCUCCUCUCCUAUCCAGAAUCUUGAAGUCGGUAGCUCCAAGGUUCCAACACUUGAGACUGCCUUGGAACAGCCCCAUAUCGAGAAUGCCUAUCUGAAGAUCUUAAACCAGCUUUUCGGGGAGCGUUUGCACAUCGCUAACCAGUUGGACUCGAAGCAUGCCGGUGUCUCCUCCACCAUUGCAGCCACCCCUGAAUAUGGAUUUGGUUCCUUGAUUGCGAGGAUGGAACACCGCCGCCGGUUUGUGCGGGAGGUUGAAGAAGCAUCGAAGACCGGUCGCUUUGCCACAGAUGCUUCGAAGACAUCCCUCUCAAACUGGGCUCUUAAUGCCGGAGAUGCAUCCAAGGCCAACAGACUGGCUCCAGAUGUUAUUGAUCACCUUUCAAAGGAUGACUCUCAGUUGGCUAAGCAGCUCCUAGAAUCCAAGAAGCUUUUCUAUGAUGAGUCCCGAUGGCUCGUUGGCUCCGAUGCCUGGGCCUAUGAUCUUGGGAACUCUGGUGUCCACCAUGUCCUUGCCUCCGGUGCCAAUGUUAACAUGCUCGUGAUCGAUUCCCAGCCUUACUCCGAACGCACCGCUGCUGAUCCGACACGCAGAAAGAAGGAUAUUGGUCUUUAUGCCAUGAACUAUGGUAAUGCCUACGUUGCCUCCGUUGCCGUGUACGGCUCCUACACCCAGGUUCUCCAAGCUAUGGCCGAGGCCGAACAGUUCAAGGGCCCAUCCGUAGUUGUUGCAUACCUGCCAUACAACCAGGAGGAUGACUCUGCCUUGACUGUUCUUCAGGAGACCAAGAAAGCCAUCGACCUUGGAUACUGGCCUUUGUACCGUUGGAACCCCGGAAACGAAGAGAACCACGAGCCCAAGUUCUCUCUGGAUUCGGAACGUCUCAAGCGUGAACUUGAAGAGUUCCUUCGUAGGGACAACCAACUCAGCCAGCUUAUGAACCGUCACCCCAAGUUUUCUUCUGCCCUCUCUGAAUCUUACGGCACUGAGGUUCGGACCCUCCAGAAACGCAAGGCCAAGGAUUCUUAUGAGAAGCUUCUCGAAGGUCUUUUCGGCGCACCCUUGACUAUUCUAUUCGCGUCGGACAAUGGCAAUGCCCAAAACCUGGCAAAGCGUCUUGGAAACCGCGGUCGCGCUAGGGGACUGAAGACUAUGGUCAUGGCCAUGGAUGAUUACCCCGCUGAGGAUCUAUCUACUGAGGAAAAUGUGGUGUUUAUCACCAGCACCGCGGGCCAGGGUGAGUUCCCCGUCAAUGGCCGUGGUCUGUGGGAAUUCAUAAAAAGCUCUGGAGAUCUUGACUUGUCUACUAUCAAUUACUCUGUUUUUGGUCUUGGUGAUAGCCACUACUGGCCACGCAAGGAAGAUAGGAUUUAUUAUAACAAGCCUGCCAAGGACCUUGAUGCCCGGGUUGCCUUCUUGGGCGGACGUAAGCUCACGGAUAUAGGACUUGGUGACGAUCAGGAUCCAGACGCUUACCAGACUGGUUACUCUGAAUGGGAGCCACGUCUCUGGCAAUCCUUGGGCGUGGACAAAGUCGAGGGUCUUCCUGAAGAGCCUGCACCUUUGACAAACGAGGACAUUAAGAUACAGUCUAACUACCUUCGUGGUACUAUUGCUGAGGGCCUUUUGGAUGAGAGUACCGGUGCUAUCUCUGCAAGCGACCAGCAGUUGACCAAGUUCCACGGCACCUAUAUGCAAGAUGACCGUGAUGUGCGCGAUGAGCGCAAAGCUCAAGGCCUUGAGCCCGCCUAUAGCUUCAUGAUCCGUUGUCGGCUUGCUGGUGGAGUUGCUACUCCCACUCAAUGGCUGCAAAUGGACGCUAUCAGCAGCUCUCAUGGUAACGAGACCAUGAAGCUCACGACCAGACAGACCUUCCAAUUCCACGGCGUCAUCAAGCGUAACCUCCGAGGUGCGAUGCGUGCUAUCAAUAAAGCACUUAUGACUACUAUUGCAGCCUGCGGUGAUGUCAACCGUAACGUCAUGUGCAGCUCCCUCCCAGAGCUCUCUUUCUACCAUCGCGAGGCCCAUGCUGUGGCGCAGAAGAUUAGCGACCAUCUUCUCCCUUCUACUACAGCCUACCAUGAGAUUUGGCUGAAGGAUGAUGAUGAUAAGAAGGUUCAAGUCGCAGGAGAUGCCGUUGUCGAUAACGAACCCCUGUAUGGCCCUACUUACCUUCCCCGUAAGUUCAAGAUCACCAUUGCUAUUCCUCCUCACAACGACACCGAUGUGUAUGCACACGAUAUCGGUUUGAUCGCCAUUAAGGGAUCCGACGGACAUUUGGAAGGUUUUAAUAUUCUCGCUGGUGGUGGUAUGGGUAGCACUCACAAUAACAAGAAGACAUAUCCUCAGACCGGCCGCAUGUUUGGAUAUGUACCCGCCGAUCAGGCCCACAUUGUUUGUGAAAAGAUUAUGUUGGUACAACGUGAUCACGGUGAUCGUCAGAACCGCAAGCAUGCACGUCUAAAGUAUACUAUCGAUGACAUGGGCGUUGAGGUCUUCAAGGAGAAGGUGGAGGCUCUCCUUCCAGACGGCUUACGGUUCGCCGAACCUCGUCCGUUCAAGUUUGCUUCCAACGUUGAUACCUUUGGCUGGCUCAAGGAUGAGAAGGGCCUCAACCACUUCACUUUCUUCAUUGAGAACGGGAGAAUUGAGGAUACUGCCGACUUCCAGAUGCGCACCGGUUUGCGUGAACUGGCGAAGCUUGACAAGGGCGAAUUCCGUCUCACCGGUAAUCAGCAUCUGAUUCUAUCCAGCGUCAAGGACGAGGACCUCCCUGCGAUCAAGGAAUUGAUGGCCAAGUACAAGCUCGAUAACACCUCUUUCAGUGGUAUGCGUCUUUCUUCGUCUGCUUGUGUUGCCUUCCCCACUUGUGGCCUGGCCAUGGCCGAGUCUGAGCGCUAUCUGCCGGUUCUUAUUUCUAAGCUCGAAUCUACUCUCGAAGAGGUGGGCCUGGCUAGAGACAGCAUUGUCAUGCGUAUGACAGGUUGCCCCAACGGUUGCGCCAGGCCCUGGCUCGCCGAAGCUGCCUUCGUCGGUAAAGCAUACGGUGCCUACAAUAUGUACCUCGGCGGUGGCUACCACGGACAACGUCUGAACAAGUUAUAUCGCUCUUCUAUCAAGGAGGAUGAGAUUUUGGACAUCAUGAAGGGUCUCCUCAAGCGGUACGCACUGGAGCGCAAUACAGAUGGUGAAGAGCCUGAAAGGUUCGGAGACUGGUGUAUUCGUGCAGGCGUUAUUAAGGAAACUACUGAUGGACGCAACUUCCAUGAAGGAGUUGCUGAAGAUGAAGAUGACGAGUAA